AUGGCUCUCCUACGAAGCAGCGGCUGCAGCGGCGGUUCUCUCUGUCUCUUGGUUCUGGCGGUGGCAUGCCUACUGCAGCGUGCCCAGGUGAAAAAGCCAGUCCGAUGCCCUGCCACAUGCAGCUGCACCAAAGAAUCCAUCAUUUGUGUGGGAUCCCCUGGUGUGCCGCGAAUCAUCCCCAGCGACAUCAGCUCCUUGAGCCUGGUAAAUGGAACCUUUUCUGAAAUAAAGGACAGAAUGUUUGCGCAUCUGCCCUGCCUGCAGCUGCUCUUGCUGAACUCUAACUCAUUUACUAUCAUACGAGAUGAUGCCUUUGCUGGUCUCUUCCAUCUAGAGUACCUAUUUAUUGAAGGAAACAAAAUAGAAACCAUUUCAAGAAAUGCAUUCCGUGGCCUUCGCGAUCUGACUCACCUUUCUUUGGCUAAUAACAACAUUAAAGCUCUGCCAAGGGACAUCUUCAGUGAUUUAGAUUCUCUGAUUGAAUUAGAUUUAAGGGGAAAUAAAUUUGAGUGUGACUGCAAAGCCAAGUGGUUGUUUUUGUGGUUAAAGAUGACAAAUUCCACUGUUUCUGAUGUCCUGUGUAUUGGUCCAGCAGAAUACCAGGAUAAGAAGUUAAAUGAUGUCACAAGUUUUGAUUAUGAAUGCACCACUACAGAUUUUGUUGUUCAUCAGAUUUUGCCAUACCACUCAGUUUCAGUGGAUACAUUCAACUCUAAGAACGAUGUGUAUGUAGCCAUUGCACAGCCUAGCAUGGAGAACUGCAUGGUACUGGAAUGGGAUCACAUUGAAAUGAAUUUCAGAAGUUAUGACAACAUCACAGGUCAGUCCAUUGUGGGAUGCAAAGCAAUCCUGAUCGAUGACCAGGUCUUUGUGGUGGUGGCACAGCUCUUCGGUGGCUCACACAUCUACAAGUAUGAUGAAAGCUGGACAAAGUUUGUCAAAUUCCAGGACAUAGAAGUGUCUCGAAUUUCCAAGCCAAAUGAUAUAGAGCUGUUUCAGAUAGACAGCGAAAAGUUUUUUGUCAUAGCAGAUAGCUCUAAAGCUGGUCUGUCAACCGUUUAUAAAUGGAAUAACAAAGGAUUCUACUCUUACCAGUCCCUGCAUGAGUGGUUCAGGGACACAGAUGCUGAGUUUGUUGAUAUAGAUGGAAAAUCUCAUUUAAUCCUGUCAAGCCGCUCACAAGUUCCCAUUAUACUUCAGUGGAACAAAAAUUCAAAAAAGUUUGUCCCACACAGUGAAAUCCCCAACAUGGAGGAUGUAUUGGCUGUGAAGAGCUUCAGGAUGCAAAACAGCCUGUACAUUACGCUCACAAGGUUUAUUGGUGACUCCAGAGUCAUGAAGUGGAAUAGCAAGCAGUUUGUGGAGAUACAGGCUCUCCCGUCUCGAGGGGCAAUGACACUGCAGCCUUUCUCCUUUAAGAAUAAUCACUACCUAGCUCUAGGAAGUGACUACACCUUCUCCCAGAUAUACCAGUGGGAUAACGAGAAGAACCUCUUUAGAAUAUUUAAAGAAAUCUAUGUGCAGGCACCUCGCUCUUUCACAGCUGUGUCAACGGAUCGAAGAGAUUUUUUCUUUGCUUCCAGUUUUAAAGGAAACACACAGAUAUUUGAACAUAUAAUUGUUGACUUGAGUUUAUGAAGGCUGUUGGAGUGAAUCUCAUGUACAAUGAGACAUUUUCACUUAUCAGAAACAACAACAAAAAGACAGAUUAUUCAUCUCCAAAAAUAGGGCGCACUUGUGGAACUAGUAAUAAGUUUUCUGAACUUUUAGAAUUUGCAUAUUAACCAGGGAUUGCAAUGACUUGGUUAACUGCAUGACAUGUCCAUUUUACCAUUUUUAAAGACAUUUUAAAACCUUUAAUUAUUCAGAGGAGUGUGCAAUGGAUUAGGAUUAAUUCUGAUAUCUAAGACAGCUAUGUGAAUUUUACCUAAGAAAUUGAAUUAGAUUGGACACCUCAUAGAAACAAGAGAGGAGAAAAACCAAUGUCAAACAUGGAAACUAUUCUUUCCUCUAAACCUAACAUUUCAGUAAUGAUACUUAAGAGUAAAGUCAACUGCACAUAUUUGUUGAUGAAUUGUAUAAAUUGACAUCAACCUUCAAAAACAUUUUUUGGUCAUCUUGGUUCCUUGUGAUUGAUGGGCAGCAUCUCUUUGUUCUUUAUAAUAAAACAAAGGUCAUUGUUUUAAUUCAUAUUGAUACUAGAUGAGAGGGAAAG